UGGUUCAAACCACACAUGCCACAAAGGAGUAAGUAAUACGUCUUGAGCUCAUGUAGCUCUGCUCAGGUGAGCUAGCACGAUACGGUACUUGCCAUACACCACACACCGCACUCAAGAGAGUAAUCGUCGUAGGCACAUCAUCAACAUGCUCGGACACUUUCAGUUUAGCCAUAUCCCAGCGCUUUUCGCCGGCUCUGCAAUGGCGUUUGGCGGCGUGUGGCCAAUGUUCGACGCGCCCGCCGCCAUGCGCGAGUUCGGGUUCCCGGCUCAUGUCGCCAAUACGCCUGCGGCCGCGCCCGUCUUUGUCGUCGGUAAUGUCCGCACUACCUGCCUCGGUUUUCUAAUGCUUUUGUUCUAUGCGCGCCGGCAGCUUACUGUUGUCGACACCUGCUUGGCGGUGACGGGUGCCUAUGCCGGCCUGGUAGACAGCUACGUUGUGUGGAAGCAGGGCAACCCUCGCAUGGCCCUUUUCCGUUUGGCAAGCUCGGCUUUUCUUUCUGCAUGGGGAUUUCUCGGGUGGACGGCAGCAGCAGGUCCCUGAGCAUCACGAGCUAACAUGGAGGGUCUAUCUGAUUACGCGAGGUCAGCUAGAUGGCGGGUGGAAAUGCCACGGUUGGUUUGAAAUAAAUGUACCGGAGGGGGAAUCAUGGUGCUGUAGACAAUCUCAUGUUUCUACUUUGCCUUUGUGGCGGGCCGAGUUGUGGUUU